CGCUCAGAUGCUCCAGCUCUCAGGAUCUUGGGGUGCAGAUUACAUUCUCCCAGACUCCUGAGCCCUGGGUCCAGCCAUGGGCACCUCCAGCAUCUUCCUGUGCAUCCUGUUCAUCUGUGGGGCACUGGGUCUCACCACGCCCCCGCCCCCGCCCCCUGCCCGGGGUCGGCUCCGCUGUUACACCUGCAGCUUCGCCAAACCCUGCUACCCUGUUGCCACCGAGUGUCAGGACGACGAAGCUUGUGACAUCAGCACUGGCACCUCAGAGCAGAAUGAGAUCAUCGAGCGGAAAGGCUGCCUCCCACGGGCCCAGUGCCCUCUGCAGGGCCGUGCCACCUACUGGUCGCGCUCCUACACUCUGCGGCACCACUGCUGUGAGCAGGACCUGUGCAACACAGCUACCACGCUGCAGCCGCUCCCCAGCCCCCUCCUCACUGCCCUGCUCCUCCUCCUCGGGGCCAGCUUCACCUGGGGAGGCCCCCUCCUCCGCUGGCUUCAAGCUGGUCUGCAGCCUUCCACCCAGGGCUCUGCCCCCAUCAUCACCGCCUUCCAGACACCCGCAUCUGAGAUAUGCCCAAGAACCUGAUUCUGUAGAGACCUCGGAUUCCCGGCCUCACACCUUCCCAGACCCCUGGUUCCUUCGGGCACUGCUCUAGCCCCUAGAGGCACCUGCCCAGAGCCCCACCUCAUAAAGAACACUGUUCUAGGUCUUUUUUGUUUUCUAGAUGCCCACCGCUGAUGUCCUAUCUCAGCUCCCGGUUUGGGGCAAGGCAGGUGGUUUGAUGGAGCUGGGGGUCCCAGGCAAGGGGAUUGAAGGGGCACCAGGUAAGGUGAGGAGGACAGUCUUGCUAGGAAAGAUUAAUUUGGCAGGCCAGGAACUCAGGAAGGAGGUUCUUGGGGGAACUGCGAAGAGUAAAUUGAAUAAAAGUGCUAUCUGGGAGUCUA